UCUGGCCUGGCCUUGCCCCGGAUUGAAGAGCACGGGAGGCUAACCCGCCCCUCGGGACUGGAGGUCACCUCCCUUAGCUGCUCCUCUUUCUUCUCUCGGGCGGAGCGUCCCGCGAGCACGGCUGGAUUUGACUGCCACAGCCUCUCAUCUGGCUUUCAAUAAAGUUUUCCUCUUCCUCCACUUGUACGGAGCUCAAGAUGGCGGCCUCCUGGUCGCCCUUGCUUGUCCUGAGCUCCUUAGCGCGGAGCCGGCUGAGAGGGACUUGUGUGGGGUGCGGGGCCCAGGCCGCCGCUCUUGCUGCCCCUGGGAGGCCCCUUUGGAAAGCCUACACAGUUCAGACAUUUGACAGUGUCACCCCAACUGCUGCUUCUGAGGCCUAUUUGAAAGCUUUGGCUGUUUGCCACGGACCUCUGGACCACUAUGACUUUCUGAUCAAAGCUCAGGAGCUAAAGGCUGAUGAACAUCAAAGAAGAGUCAUACAGUGUUUGCAGAAAUUGCAUGAGGACCUUAAAAGAUACAGCAUAGAGGCAGAAGAUUUCCUUUCAAAGCUUUUUUCAAGGAGCAAACCUCCAAGGGGCCUGUAUGUUUAUGGAGAUGUUGGUACAGGGAAAACAAUGGUGAUGGACAUAUUUUAUACUUAUGUGGAAAUGAAGAGGAAAAAACGGGUCCAUUUUCAUGGUUUCAUGCUAGAUGUGCACAAAAGAAUACAUCGCCUUAAACAGAAUUUGCCAAAAAGGAAACCAGGAUUCAUGACCAAGUCAUAUGACCCAAUAGCUCCCAUAGCUGAAGAAAUCAGCCAAGAAGCACGUCUCUUAUGUUUUGAUGAAUUUCAGGUCACUGACAUUGCUGAUGCCAUGAUUCUGAAACAGCUUUUUGAAAAUCUGUUCAAAAACGGGGUCGUCGUUGUGGCAACAUCCAACAGACCACCGGAAGAUCUCUAUAAGAAUGGACUCCAGAGGGCUAACUUUGUGCCAUUCAUAGCUGUCCUGAAAGAGUACUGUCAUACUGUCCAGCUAGAUUCUGGGAUAGAUUACCGGAAAAGGGAACUUCCUGCUGCAGGAAAACUCUACUACCUCACAAGUGAAGCUGAUGUGGAGGCUGUCAUGGAUAAGUUGUUUGAUGAGCUGGCUCAGAAACAAAAUGAUUUAACUAGACCAAGGAUUCUAAAAGUGCAAGGCAGAGAGCUGUGGCUGAAUAAAGCCUGUGGAACCAUUGCCGACUGCACAUUUGAAGAGCUGUGUGAGAGACCACUUGGAGCCAGUGACUAUUUGGAACUGUCAAGGAAUUUUGAUACAAUAUUUUUACGGGACAUUCCACAAUUUACACUGGCAAAGAGGACUCAAGCUCGAAGAUUCAUAACUCUCAUUGAUAAUUUUUAUGACUUCAAGGUGCGUAUAAUUUGCUCUGCCUCAACUCCUAUAUCAAGCUUAUUUUUGCAUCAACAUCAUGACAGUGAGUUGGAGCAAAGCAGAAUACUGAUGGAUGAUUUGGGGCUGAGCCAGGAUGCAGCAGAAGGACUCUCCAUGUUUACCGGAGAAGAGGAAAUCUUUGCAUUUCAGCGCACCAUUUCCCGACUCACAGAAAUGCAGACUGAACAGUACUGGAAUGAAGGAGACAGAAGCAAGAAGUAACUGUCUCUUUCACAUGAGUAAAACUAGACAAAUGAUUAAUGCAGGAAGAACUCUGUAUUGUGAGACUUGAAGGAAUCAUUUCCUCAUCAUCAAUUAUGCACUUUGUCCUCUGGACCACUGUCAUCUAAAAUUGCUGUCAAAGAUGUAGUGGAUUAGUAAGUUAAAGACUUCUUAUAAUUUUUAUAGGUCUGUUUUUCCUAUUUGUUUGGCCUUACUUCUGCACCACAAAAUUUAAAAAUCAUCACUCCUGAAAAUGACUGUAAAACCAGACAUUUAAGUUUUACAUUAAACCACCUGAAUGAACCUUGAACACACAAACACACUGUAAAUCCAAGAUGUCCAGAUGUCUCUGUGCUUUGGCUACGUGGCUGUUGCACCUUAGACAUAUGUCCUUUCUUUUUUUUAAAUUCAAAACAAAGCAAGCUUUCUAAUCUUACUAUAAACUGAAGGGAAUAGCACAUUAGAAUAUUGUCUGAUAUGUAUGAUUUUUCUUGGGUUUUGGCUAUGAAUUCUAUAUAAUGGUUUCCUCAGGCUGGUGAAAGUAUUUUUUUAACCCUGAAGUCAAGGUUGGCAGGCAGGACCUGAUCUCAUCCAGUCACAGAAUGCCUGCCUGGGUAAAUGGAGGAGUAUGACACCAUCAAGUCAGGAGCAAGUGUCAAAUUUUAACUGAGAGGCAGAUCUGCAGGCAGAUCCCUGACUCCUGACAGCCAGUAGGAGGGCAGGUACCAGGAAGGGGACCAGUGGCUGUGUCUAGAGGAGGCGGAAUUGCUGACUUGCCAAGAGGAGAGCAGAUGUUCACAAUGCCUGUGCAUCUGAGACCAUUAGAACGCAACAGACAGCAGGUUCCUGCCCUCUCUUCAUCCAUACUGGUUCUAAUUGCAGGACAACACUCCCCACCCUGCUGCUGAUUCUGCAGAGAGAUGGGCCUAACAGAAAACAGGAAGGAACACUUGACAAAUCUUCUUUAAAUAAAAUCUAAUUUAUCCCUCAUUGAAAUCAUUCCUUUAUUCUUUAAGUAAAUCCUGGCUUUGCUGUUAUUACUAGAAAGGAUAUUGGUCGAAGCUAGGAGAAUCUUAAAUCUCUCCUCAAAAAAGAAAAAGAAAAAUGCACAAGUCUUAUGAAAACAAGGAUGAGGCAGUAGGCAUAGGUGAGUCAUUUCAGACAAUGACUGCAAUUGUCAACCUAAGUGUACUCGUCAAACCUAUUUAUUAUCCAAUAAUCCAUUCACAUUAGUUAAUUUGGGACCUUUACCAAUUUAAGUCAAGCAUAGAGACUUGGUCCCAAGCAUAGAGAAAAGUUUAAAUGAGGGUUUCUGAAAAAUAAAUGUGGUUUCAAAAUAUUUUUAUAGGAGUAAAAUACAGGGAAUUCCAAAGAGCUUAAGUAAAAGGAGAGAGGAUGGGAAAUAACCACUCUGUGCCAGAUUUAACACUCAAUAUUUACAUUAUUUCAGUUUUUAAAAAGUAAUCCUAGGAAAUGAAUGUAACCAUCCUUGAUUAUGGAUAAGGAAAUGGAGGCACAAUUUAUAACUUCAAAAUGUGCCAUGUUUUGUACUACACUGCCUCCUACUCUCACUAUAAAAAAGAGAUCAUGUUUAAUAUUCUUUUUUAAAAACUCAGUGAAGAUACAUUUACAUCAGAACCAUUGCUUUGAGCUCAAAUAUAUCUUUAAGUCUUGACUUUUUUUUCUUUUUUUGAUUGCUGGGGAUUGAAUUCAGGGCCUCAUGCAUACUAGGGAAGCACUCUACUAUUAAGCCACUCGUUCAUCCCUGAAUCUUAGCUUUAUGUUUUUCAUAUGUCUUUGGUAACUAUUCUAUACUUUAAUAAAAAGAUUGUCUGAAUGCUUAAGCAGACAGAUGGACAGAAAAGGGGACAGCCCCUGAGUGUUUGGGUGUAUAUAGAAUAGUGACCCACUGAAAUUCUAUUGUAAAAGUUUACUUGAGGUCAGGUAUUUGGGGAAAAAUUCAUUUUCCACGGACAUAAUUACAUAAUGUUAGGUAAGGCCCUGGUUAAAUGCACAGGAGCCUAUGUAACUCUCAGUAUAGCUGCCCUAUAAUUUCGGUGCUAGGAAACUUAACCAUCUUUUAAAAUAAUUGUUUCUGUGGUGUAAAACUAGUGCAAGUUCCACUCACAUAACUGGAAUGUGUGCCCAUUGCUGUCCUCCUCUUUCCCUAUCCACCACCCCUGCCCAGGCUCCUUCCCCCCUCCCUGGGCCUGAUGAGAUCAGCCACAGUGGAAGAGGCUUUCUGAGUGGGAGUGGGGCAUAUGGGAGGCAUUCACUGGGCUUGGCCAAGGUGUCAAGAGGGCAAAUAAGAAUACCAUGGUGGCUGAAAUGGUACAUCUUCACCCUCAUCUCCUCUCUACAAAGUCUGUUUCAUAAAAUAGCAUGCUAGAAGAUGAAAUGAAAGUCUUAAUGAUUAGCCAUUACCAGGAAACAAUAUGGUAGCUCCUCACAAAGGAAGUAGGGUAUACAGUUAUUCCCAUUUUCCAGACAGGAAGCUGAGGCACAGAAAAUGGCUAGAACAGAAUGUUUUCAGGUGCGCAUUGGAAUCAAUAAAUUAUAAAAACACCAAUUCUUUAAACUUUCCAUUUCAUUGCCUCUGUCCUGUAAACAGCAUUCUUAGUCCAUGGAACCUGAACCUACAUGUUCAGCCCCUUCAUCUGAUAUAAAAACAUGCCAUAUCUGAUACUUGGGCUCCUGGUCAGUUACAGGAAUUUGUCUGUAAGUGAUCUUAUAAAUUAUCUUUGUUAGAUCCACUGAUUUCAUAAGACAGUGGUGCUGGUAGAAAAGGAUUUUCUUUGGAAAUGAGUUUACAGCUCUUUAUUAAGGCAGAAUUAAGAUUGGUUUCCCCAUUACCAUAUAGCAGUUCAUUUUCAGGAACAGAAAAUGAGAAAUAAUAAAAAUCUAUCCUCUUU